AUGGAAGUUAGGUUUGUGUUGUAUGAGCUUUAUCUCAAAUCCUACUUCAAGUUAGGCAAUAUCUUUUACCUAACAAUUUUGCUCACUCUUUUUGUACUCAUUUUAUUCAAGUCCAAGAAAAGGCAGCCUAUCUACCUCUUAGACUAUACUUGCUUCAAGCCUCCACCAACGUUACGAGUCCCAUUUUCGACCUUUAUUGAGCAUGCUAGGCUCGUUUUCAAAGAUCAUCCGAAAGUUGCCCAUUUCCAAAUGCGCAUCUUAGAGAGAGCAGGCCUAGGAGAUGAGUGUGGCCUUCCUAAGGCAAUGCAGUUGAUACCUCCUCAACCUACAUUGGAUUUAGCUCGCGAUGAGGCCCAUCUUGUUAUCUUCUCUACAAUCGAUGAGCUUUUCGAGAAAACCGGGCUUAGGCCCAAUGAUAUUGACAUCAUUGUCACAAAUUGUAGUGUAUUUUGCCCUUCCCCUUCAUUGUCAUCUAUGAUAGUAAGUAAAUAUAAGAUGAAAAAUUGUAUCAAAACCUUUAACCUUUCUGGAAUGGGCUGUAGUGCAAGUGCAAUCUCAAUAGAUUUGGUAAGUAACCUCUUCCAAAUUUGGCCCAAUUCCUAUGCACUUAUUGUUAGCACUGAGAUCAUAACCCCUAAUUGCUACAUGGGCUCAGACCGGUCCAUGACUGUUCCAGCUUGCCUUUUUCGAUUGGGCUGUAGUUCAAUCUUGUUAACCAACAAAUGGGCCGAAAAACACCGUGCCAAGUACCAACUUCUUCAUAUAGUUCGAACCAACAAUGGGCCUGAUAAUAAAGCCCAUAAGUGUGUGACUCAACAAGAAGACUUCGAGGGUAAAUUAGGAAUUUCAUUAUCCAAGGAUUUGAUGGUGGUAGCAGGGGAGACACUUAGGUCCAAUAUCACUAUUCUUGGGCCAUUGGUCUUGCCCAUAUUAGAGAAGGUCCGAUAUACAUUUAAUUUCAUAGCCCAAAACAUCUUUGGGCCCAAUAAAAUAAGGCCCUAUGUUCCAUGUUUUAACAAAGUAUUUGAUCAUAUUUGCAUCCAUGCUGGUGGGCGAGCUGUCAUUGAUGAGAUCCAAAAAAGGCUUAGUUUGUCGGCCCAACAAGUGGAAGCUUCUAGAAUGAGUCUUCAUAGGUUUGGCAACACUUCUUCAUCUUCUAUUUGGUAUGUAUUGAGUUACAUCGAGGCUAAAGGAAGAAUGAAAAAGGGAUACCAUGUUUGGCAAAUAGCAUUUGGAAGUGGAUUUAAGUGUAAUAGUAUGGUAUGGAAGUGUAAUAGAAAUGUUGACACAAACAUUGAUGGCCAUGGACCUUGGAAGGAUUGUAUUCAUAGAUAUCCUAUUCAAAUUCCCGAUGUUCUUAAAUUAUAA